AUGGUUCAGGACAGUGCUACUCUAAAGAAGGUGUUGGUGAUUGGUGGCGGUGGCCGUGAACAUGCCAUCUGUUGGAAGAUGGCCCGUAGCGAGCGGGUUGACACCGUGUUCGCACUUCCCGGCAGCCCGGGCAUUGCGGCGGUCCCAAAGGUACAGCUAGUGUCGGAUGUCAGCGUGAAGAACCACGAUGCCAUAACAGCCUGGUGCAAGCAGAAUCAGAUCGAUCUGGUAGCGGUUGGGCCGGAAGAUCCGCUAGCGGAUGGUCUUGCCGAUGCGCUCCAAGCAGACGGCAUCAAGUGCUUCGGUCCAGGACGGCGUGGUGCUCAGAUUGAGGCGGACAAAAAUUGGUCCAAGGACUUUAUGCAUCGGCAUAGCAUACCAACGGCCCGUUACGCAAGCUUUACCGAUGCAACCGAGGCGAAGACAUUUAUCCGCAGCGCACCGUACGCGGCACUAGUCGUGAAGGCGAGUGGUUUGGCCGCCGGUAAGGGUGUCAUUGUGGCGGAAACGAUCGACGAAGCUUGCGCAGCCGUGGAUGACAUUCUCGGCGACAAAAGGUUCGGUGCGGCAGGCGAGGUGGUCGUCGUCGAGGAGAAACUGUCUGGCGAGGAGGUUUCGGUGCUCGCUUUUGUGGACGCACGGACCGUGCGCGUAAUGCUACCGGCCCAGGAUCAUAAGCGGUUGCUAGAUCACGACCGUGGUCCGAAUACGGGCGGAAUGGGUGCAUACUGUCCGUGUCCGAUCAUCAAACCCGCCCAGCUUGAGAUGGUCGUGCGGGAGGUGUUACAGCGGGCGGUCGAUGGGCUGCGAGCGGAAGGCAUCAAGUACAACGGUGUUUUGUAUGCCGGAAUGAUGCUUACACCAAAUGGACCGAAGACGCUCGAGUUCAAUUGCCGCUUCGGUGAUCCAGAGACGCAGGUCAUCCUGCCCUUGCUCGAGAGCGAUCUGUACGAAGUGAUGGAAGCGACCUGUGACAAUAAACUGCACGAGAUCAAUCUCAAGUUCCGCGCCGGUCUCAGUGCUGUUGGUGUGGUAAUGGCCAGCAAGGGCUACCCGGAAACAUCCACCAAGGGUUGCGUUAUCAAAGGCCUGGAUGCUGUAGCGGCACGCCCGGAACAUCUCGUGUUUCAUUCCGGUGUAGCACGCAACGAAUGCGGCGAGUUCGUUACGAACGGUGGCAGAGUGUUGAUCGGUGUCGUGCUGCACAGCGAUCUCAAACAAGCAGCCGCGCUAGCAACGUCCGCCUGUACGACGGCGAUCAGCUUUGACGGUUCGCAGCACCGGCUGGACAUUGCACAGAAAGCAUUCAAACACCAAAGUCUCUCGUAUAAGGCCAGUGGUGUCGAUAUUGACGCAGGAGAUGCUCUGGUGCAGCGUAUCAAACCGUUGGCUCGAGGGACUAAUCGUCCGGGAGUGCUUGGUGGACUUGGAGGGUUUGGUGGAUUGUUCCGUCUAAACGACGUUAUGUACACCAAUCGGGAAGGAAAAUCGGUUCGGUACAGUGAUCCGGUGCUGGUACAAGGUACGGAUGGUGUUGGCACCAAGCUGAAACUCGCCGAAGCACUCAACUGUUGGGACACGAUCGGUAUCGAUCUGGUGGCUAUGUGUGCUAACGAUGUACUGUGUGCCGGUGCAGAACCACUUGCCUUCCUGGAUUAUAUUGCCUGCGGCAGGUUAGAAGUACCGACGGCAGCUUUGAUCGUGAAAGGCAUUGCGGAGGGUUGUCGUGAAACGAACUGUGCACUGCUCGGUGGUGAAACGGCCGAAAUGCCAUCGAUGUACGAGAAGGGCAAGUACGAUCUGGCCGGAUACUGUGUCGGUGUGGUAGAGCACGAUCAGAUCCUGCCGCGCAUCGACCGGAUUAAGGAAGGUGACCUGGUGAUCGGUCUUCCAUCGAGCGGAGUGCAUAGCAAUGGAUUUAGCUUGGUCAAUCGAAUCCUUGAACGUACCGGUACGAAACUAACCGAUCGUGCACCGUUCAGCGAAGACGGACGUAGCACAUUCGGGGAGGAACUGCUGACACCGACUAGCCUGUACGUGACACCGUUACUGCCGCUACUCCGCCAAACGGACACGGUGAAAGCUUUAGCACACAUUACCGGUGGUGGCCUGGUGGAGAAUGUUCCACGCGUACUCCCGGAAGGGCUGGCAGUCGAGGUUGACUUCAGUGAGGUUCAAAUUCCUCCCAUUUUCGGCUGGCUAGCAGCGGCAGGAAAUGUAACCGAGCGUGAAAUGCUACGUACCUUCAACUGUGGCAUCGGAAUGGUAGUGAUUGUGUCGGAAAAUGAUCGUACGUGGAAGGAAAAGCUGUCCGGACAUGGAGCAGUAUUGCUAGGACGAGUUAGCCGACGUGCGCGCGGUACCGAGCAAGUGGUGGUGAAGAAUUUCACCCAAGCCAUCACGAAGGUGGCCGUUAAUUACAAACCGGAGAAGAAAUCUCCAACCGCCAUAUCGUACAAGGACAGUGGCGUUGACAUUGGUGCAGGCGAUGAGUUGGUACAAAGGAUUAAACCAUUCGCCAGGUCAACCAACAGGCCAGGUGUUAUGGGAGGGCUUGGUGGUUUUGGCGGACUGUUUCGGCUGCGGGACACUGGAAUGAAUAUCGAAGAUCCUAUUCUCGUGCUCGGCACCGAUGGGGUCGGUACGAAGCUGAAGAUCGCUCAGGACUGCAACCUGCACGGUACGGUGGGCAUUGAUCUGGUGGCCAUGUGUGUGAACGAUAUCAUCUGUAAUGGCGCGGAUCCACUCGCUUUCCUCGAUUACUACGCGUGCGGUCAGUUGGAUGUGCCGGUAGCGGCACAAGUAAUCGAGGGCAUUGCGGAAGGAUGCAGACAGGGCCACAGUGCACUGCUCGGUGGUGAAACGGCCGAAAUGCCUGGAAUGUACGCCAAGGGCGUGUACGAUUUGGCUGGAUUCUCGCUUGGAAUUGCGGAGCGUAACCGAAUGUUACCGCGAAUGGAUUGCAUCUGUCCGGGUGAUGUUAUCCUUGGGUUGCCAUCGAGCGGAGUGCACAGCAACGGGUUCAGUCUGGUACACAAAAUUCUGGAAUUUGCCGGCCAUUCGUACCACGACGUUGCUCCAUUCAGUGCAACGGGCAAAUCGUUUGCGCACGAACUGCUAGCACCUACCCGGAUCUAUGUACGCGAACUUCAAUCGUUGUUGGCCGAGGGUUUGGUGAAAGCUCUCGCUCACAUCACCGGAGGAGGAUUCACGGAAAACAUUCCCCGUGUGCUACCGGCCGGUGUGGCAGCAUUCCUCGAUCUGACCGAGCUGCACAUCCCACCCAUUUUCGGAUGGUUGUCUCGUGCCGGCAACGUAACGGCGGAUGAAAUGUUGCGCACAUUCAACUGCGGCAUCGGUAUGGUGCUGGUGGUGGCUACGGAACACAAACACACCGUCCUGCAGCGUCUUCGCAGCGCUGGCGGAACGGCACUCGGAACGGUGGUGAAAAAAUCAGACCCACUCGGACAGCGUGUGAUUGUGCAGGGUUUCGAGGAUACGUUGCGGCUAUCUCAGCUUACCUGUUCACUUCCGAAGAAACGGAUCGCAGUUCUGAUUUCCGGCUCGGGAAGCAAUCUGCAAGCGUUGAUCGAUGCCACGCGCAGUUCAACCUUUGGAAUACGUGGCGAAAUUGUACUGGUGGUGUCGAACAAGGCAGGCGUAUUCGGACUGGAAAGGGCAGCCAAGGCGGGCAUACCUUCGAAGGUAAUCUUGCACAAAGACUAUAACACUCGGGAGCUUUUCGAUGCGGCCGUUUCACAAGUGCUUGAAAAGGAACGCAUCGAGCUGGUGUGUUUGGCUGGAUUUAUGCGCAUUCUUUCGGAAGGAUUCGUGAAGCGUUGGAAGGGUGCACUGAUUAACAUUCAUCCGGCGCUGCUGCCACGCCACAAGGGCAUCCAUGCACAGCGGCAAGCGCUUGAAGCCGGAGACGUUGAGUCGGGCUGUACGGUUCACUUCGUCGACGAAGGCGUUGAUACGGGAGCGAUCAUACUGCAGGAACGCGUACCAAUCCUGAGAGGCGACACCGAGGAAGCACUCACUGAACGGAUUCACCAGGCGGAACACAUUGCAUACCCGAAGGCAUUGCGGCUGGUAGCGAACGAUGUUGCAACCCUUGGACAGGACGGCACACUGCAGUGGCUGAGCUAA